GCAGGAGCGCAUUCUGGGAUUUAAACCGUGUGGCGUCAUCGUCACGAAAUUCAAACUUUGGAGAGAGACUACGGUGACCACAGUGUUGCUCCAGCUGAUGCCACGUUUUUAAAGAGAGGUCGUGUGAAACCUGAAUAAAAUGGCGCAGUUUGGGUUCGAGAACGACAUCCACAGCAUCUUGAAGCUGGACAUGCCCAUCACAAACGCUCCCAUGGCGAGGUGGCAGAGAAAGGCCAGCUCAUCCAACACAUCCGCCGGGUUGUCUCCUGGUAAACCUGCCAAUGUGUCGCUCAGCUCAUCCAGAACACCGAGCAAAACACCAGGCAAAAACAAAAAGCAGACUCCCUCUAAGAUGGGGGCCGACCGCUUCAUUCCAGUCAGAAACAGCAAACAAAUGGAUGUGGCAAGUUUCCUGCUCUCAAAGGAGAAUGAGCCUGCAGACGCCAACACUUCAGCAGGAUCAUCAGAAAGCCAGAAAGCCUGGUCUAUGUCCCUAAAUGGCUACAACAUUGAAGAUGCAAAGAUCCUGCACCUUGGAGGGAAGCCGCUGAAUGCUCCAGAAGGCUAUCAAAACAACUUAAAGGUUCUCUACAGUCAGGGUACAACUCCUGCCUCUGUUAAAAAGACAAGAUACAUAUCUUCAACUCCAGACAGAAUCUUGGAUGCUCCUGAGCUUCGAAAUGAUUUCUAUUUGAAUCUGCUUGACUGGAGCAGCCGAAAUGUUCUUGCUGUUGCGCUUCAUAACAGCGUUUACCUGUGGGAUGCAACUCAAGGAGACAUCACUCUUCUCAUGAAGUUGGAGCGUGAGGAGGACUACAUCUGCUCACUGUCCUGGACCAAAGAGGGGAACUACCUAGCUAUCGGCACCAGUGACUGCAAAGUUCAGUUGUGGGAUGUUGACAACCAGAAGCGUCUACGCAGCAUGGCCAGCCAUACAUCUAGAGUCGGUAGCCUGAGCUGGAACGACCACAUUCUCUCCAGUGGCUCAAGAUCAGGACAUAUCCACCACCAUGAUGUGAGGGUGGCAGACCACCACAUCUUCACCCUCACUGGUCACUCACAGGAGGUGUGUGGACUAAAGUGGUCCCCUGAUGGGCGUUACUUGGCCAGUGGAGGCAAUGACAACUUGGUUUACGUAUGGCCCAGUGUGCAGAACAGCGGCCCCCAGCAGUCGGUCCACUGCUGGAGUGAACACCAAGGAGCUGUCAAGGCUCUGGCCUGGUGUCCGUGGCAGCCAAAUAUCCUUGCAUCUGGAGGAGGUACCAGUGACCGUCACAUCCGCAUCUGGAAUGUAAACAGUGGCUCCUGCAUCAGUUCACUUGACACUCAGUCCCAGAUCUCGUCACUGGUGUUUGCACCCAACUACAAGGAGCUGGUCUCUGCCCAUGGAUAUGCCCACAACAAUGUCGUAAUCUGGAAGUACCCUGCUCUCACCAAGGUUGCAGAACUCAACGGCCACGAGGACAGAGUUCUCAGUUUGAGUCUGAGCCCAGACUGCUCUACCGUUGUGACUGUCGCUGGAGACGAGACGAUCCGUCUGUGGAAGAGCUUUGAAAUAGAUCCUAUUAAGAAGAAGGCCAAAGAGAGGCUGGUCAAAUCAACGAGCAGCGUCAUUCAUCAGUCAAUCAGAUGAUUUCCUUGUCUUGACUCUAGAGGGAUUUUUUUGGGUCUAUGUUGAAUGAGAUAUGUGCAAAUGUUUUAUUUAAUCCACAAUAAAGAUUUCUACCAGUUGUUUUAGCUGUAACUGGCAAUUUACUGUUCAUACUGAUGGUGAAAUAGGUUGUUGGUCUUUAUUGUUUAUACAGCUCUACCAGUGUUGAGUGUUGGUAUAUUUCUGACCUUCACUUAGCUUUAGUUUAUAAUGAUGAUGCAUUGUAUACAGUGGAGUGAGUCAUAAUAAAGGGUUUGAUCACCU